AUGCCGGGUAAAAUAAAAGUGAAGGUUUUAGCGGGUCGCAAUCUGCCAGUGAUGGACAGGGCCAGUGACACCACUGAUGCUUUUGUGGAAAUUAAGUUCGGAGGAGUCACCCAUAAAACUGAUGUAUGUCGGAAAUCGCUCAAUCCUCAUUGGAAUAGCACCGAGUGGUAUAGGUUUGAGGUUGACGAAUCAGAACUCCAAGAUGAACCACUUCAGCUACGACUAAUGGAUCAUGAUACGUAUUCAGCUAAUGAUGCCAUUGGAAAAGUGGUUAUCAGUCUUGCUCCGCUAUUGGCUCGAGAGGCGAACAACGCCAACGGUACAAUCGGCCCACCUGGUGGUGCGGUUAUGUCAGGAUGGAUCCCGGUCUUCGACACAAUGCACGGGACUCGCGGUGAAUUGAACAUCAUCGUUAAAGUUGAACUGUUCUCUGAUUUCAAUAAAUACAAAACAUCUAGCUGUGGCGUUCAGUUCUUUCAUUGUCCAAUGAUUCCUCCUGGGUAUAGAGCUACCGCCAUUCACGGCUUCGUUGAAGAGCUCAUUGUAAACGAUGACCCCGAGUAUCAAUGGAUAGAUAAGAUAAGAACACCCAGGGCUUCCAACGAGGCUAGGCAGGUUGCCUUCAUUAAACUCAGCAAUCAGGUGCAGCGUCUUGUAGGUGUGAAAGCAGCUGAGUUAGGUGCUAACGCUGUUGUUGGUUACCAACAAGACUUUGACCUGGAGGGAGAGGCGGGAGUAGUGGCUCGAGCUAUAGGUACGGCCGUCAGUAUAACAGCUCUGCCGAUACCAAACCUACAAACGAAUAUACCGUGCACACAACAACAAUUAAAAAAAUACUUGGACAUUUUGGCCACAGACGAAGACAGUAUUACCGAUCUGAGUCAGUAUUACCAAAGUCAUCAAGAGGAAUUGUUGCGUAUAGUUAACAUCUUGAACCCUAAGACGUGUAAUUUACUUGACGAACCCGAUAUUGAUGACGACGAAAAGAGCGUAGAACUUAACCUUCAAAAGCAAUCUAAUCAGAGAUCAUACACAGGAGAAUUAUCACUAUAUAACGAAUAUUAUGCGAGAAAGAGCUUAAAAAACUUAUCAGAAGAUCAGCUGAACAUAAACAGACUUUUAAAUAGAGUCAACUCUACAGAUUCAAGCGGUCCGCUACAAACAAUAAAGAAAAUCAAAGACAAUUUAUUUUCAAAAAAAUUCAUAAAAAAAUCGCGAAAACACGAAAAUGAUGAUCAGGUGUCCAUAAAGUCAUCUUCCUCCGAUACUUCUCGUAUAUCGUUCAGUGACCUAAAAAAGGAAAUUAAGAAGAUAAAAAAAUUAAAAAUUCCCAAGCUAGUAAAAAACGACAAUAUCGCUGAUGAAGGAGUUGGGAUGGCGUCUAUCCUAGUAAGAUCAGUGUUCCAUGCACACACAAGUUUGGCCCGUAUAUCUGAAAGCAUUGAUUCUGAGCAUUCACCUUCUUCGACAUUGAGAAGAACCAGCGAAUCUGAACCGAACGUAAACACGACAGAACAUGACAAAAUAUCAGAUACAAACAUUGUACUUGAAAGUCAAGUUAAAGAAAUACCUGAAAUUCAUUGCAGUUCUUUGGAAAAUAUUAAAACUAUUGAUAAUGUUGAACCCGAAAGAAAAAUAUCUGAAUCAUGUCCUACAACUCCUAUUGUGAUAAGAACGGAAAAUUUCUUAAAAUUACCCCAUGAAGAGGGGUACUAUGGUUCAAUUUCCUCUGCACUAUCAGCGGAGAGUUCAGAAAUUUACAGCAGUUCCGAGGAAGAUGAUGAAAGCUAUUCGUAUAAAAACGACCAUGACCAAGCCAUUGAGACCACUAGCUCCCUUGUAAAAUCAGUUCUGAGUUCCGAAGUAGAUCCUCAGUUCAUAGCUCAAAUGGAAAAGAAACUUACUGUUCUCGAAUUAGCUAAUACUGAAUUAUCAAAUAAUGCUUUGUUCAAGACAGUCAAAGAACAUGAAGAUAAAACCACAUGUGAAAUUUCAAAAUCGAUUGAACAAACGAUCGAUGUUAGCGAUAAUUUGAAUGUAAAGGAAAAUGUGGCUUCCAUCUCGUCAGCACGUAAUGAUAAAACGUUUGUACCAUCCAAAAUAAAUAAUUCGCAUUCUUUUAGAAUUCAUAAUCCUUUUGCACAUAAAAAAACUCAAAAAAGUUUGAGUGCGCCCUCCUCCCCUAUAGAAAAAAAAAGUUUCAUGUAUCGCUCCUCAAAGCGGAUCAAGCGACAUUUGUCGAAAAUAUCACAUAGUAAUAUGAUUAAAAGCUUAUCUCACUAUUCUCUCCUUCCAAAGAAAAAGCAAGUGGAGCCUAAAACUGCUCUUAGUGAACCUGGUUCUGCUUCCGACGUCACUUCUAAAGCCCCAAGUGACACAGUGUUAGGUUCUCCUUUUCUAUCUUACAAUGAUUUAAUGAGCCUCGAUAAAGAUGGUUUUUAUUCUCUAAAUCGUCUUCAUAAAAGUGAUGAAAUCGUGCCCAAUAAAGUGUCUAUGUACAUUGGAUCAGAACCUCAAUCUAGAGCCUCCUUCAGCGGUCCGUCUUCAAAACACGACAAUAAUUUCCUAGAACAGAGAUCGUUCAAAAGACAAAAGUCGAUACUAAAGCCGACCGGACUAAUACAUACUGCCAUGGAGACUAUUCUGAUAGACAAAGUUGAAUCUCUGUUGAUACCGACGAGUCCGGAACCUAAUACUCCUGAAAAUCAAAAAUUUUUCGCUGACGUUAACGAAAAAUUGGAAAAAGUUGAACAAGCACAAUCUAGGCAAGCUGAUAAUGAAAUCAAUAAUAGUUCGGAAAAGAAGGCUCGAAAAUUGGUGAGGCAGGACAGCAUACAUUCAACGACUGACUCAGAAUCGUCCAAAAUGUCCAAGUCGCUCCAACUCCCAAACCCUUGCAAAGUAAUUCCUUCGCCGGUGUUGCAGCAUUUCCAUCCUAUUCUUAGCGGCGUCCCUUUAGAGACCAUACCAUCUCUGCCGGAGGACAGUGUAGAUAGAACUGAGAGUCUAGACGUAGAUGGUGUAGUGGAAUCUACUAACAGUGUUAGCGUGUGUUGUAACUCGCAUGCAGCGUGCGGUGUUGACAGGAGCGAGCGAGAACGGGAUAGGUAUGCCGAUAGGUGUGAGAGGGACAGAGGAUCGCCGAGACACGCGAGGCACGAAUCAUAUGGAGGAAAGGAUCCGGCAAGCAGCGUGCCUGUACAAAACGCAUCAAUAAAUUCAUCUUCAACUCCGAUGGGAAUACAUCGACGGUCGUCUGAUUCAGAUCUAAGUGUUACUCCUAAAGGCAGCUCUCUAAACGCGUCAGCUGGCAACACAGUCACCGGCGGCGCGAUACUGCGUCCUUCUAUGAACAGCAAUAACUUGGAUAUGUUGGAAUAUCCAUUCCUUACUAUGACGGAAUAUCCUCCCGGUUUCAUAGUUCACAUUGGUGGUACAGUGUGUGCCAGAUCUGUAAAGCUUGUUGAUGGUGGAGGUGAAAGCGCCUCUCGUGCCGCGUGGUGGGCUGAACUAAGAACGGAACUUCGAGCACACGCGAGAGCUCUACGAUGUACUGCAGUAUUAGCAUACAGCGAACGAGCUGCUGUCAGGGAGGACGUUUGUGUUCUCUCCGUGUCUGGAACAGCGGCUGUCAUCAAUCUAGAUUGUGACUUCACGCUCGACGAGACAACCGCUUGUCCUCGUGAUGAGGAACCCGAAUGUCGUUCGGCGCACGUUCCGUAUGCUCCCGGCGCUGGGCCAUAUAGGGCCGAGCUUGCUCUCUGUGGAUCAUGCAGGAGGGCCCGCGUUCCGUCUGUGUUGUUAGCUACAUGCGCUAAGCCCAGUCGACUCACAUCCUACGCUAAGGCGAUCACUCUCACGGCUGUCGUAAGCCUUAUUCUGUUUUCAGCGGCUCGUGGUCGAAGGUCGGUAGGGUCAGAAGCGGGCGCCAGAGACCUUUCGGACCAGCUGCCCUUCUUGGAAUAUGAGCUGCAUAAGCUGUUACUAGCCAAACUUAGGAUGCAGGGCGCCAACGCGUUGUUCUCGCUCCAGACUCAAAUAGCUAUUGGAGAGAGAUGUGUGAUGGCGCUGGCCAGUGGAACAGCUGUCAGGCUGACGGCCCUACCCGCGCCAACCUCGCCUAGGAUCAAGGCCUCGGAACAUGACAAGAACGCUUUAGAAAUACAGAAGGCUCUCUGGGAUACAUUUAAUAUGAACAAAGCUGCGAACGGAUAUGACGUGUGCCUGCCGGGCCCGGAGCUAUCAGCGGGGACCUUAGAGGCCGAAGAGGACCGAGGCCCCGCCUUAGAACUCAGCGCUGAUAAAGAUACAUGUGUCUUAGAACUAGACGAAGCUGAAGACGUGGAGACAGCCAAAGCCCUAUCUAUUCGUCGGAGUCACCUGCCGGUGUACACGAACAGCCUACGGUCCCUCAGCGGAGCCCCGCCACACGCUUUCAUGCAGGUGUGGCGUGCUCGUCUGUGUGGCACAGCGGGCGGAGAGCGGUUAGCAGCGGGCGCGCUGGCCGGGGCCGCGUACAAACUACGGAGACUCGCGCCCGCAGCACUCGCUCCAUCGGUUUUUCACCUGGAUUUACCCGAGGAUGAAAUACAACUAAUGGUACUAGGCACUGCCAUACAAUUAGUUGACCCGAACAAAGCUGAACAUACAAAUGGUACCGAUAAAAAUUACGCUGAUACUGAAGAUGAUAUCUUUGAAUUGGAUGAGGAGCAGCUAGUGAAACAUGAACCCGCUGACGAAAAACACAAUCCUACUCCAUCAAGUCAAGUUUCUCUGACUACCCUCAGUUCAGUUCAAGGCAGUAAAGUAUCGAGGCGAGUGUGUUCCCUUCGUUUAUUGUUUGUGAGAGAAACGACCGCGGUGAGAGAGCUUGGCGGACUCAGCGGGUUCCUACACUCAUUUACUAGCGAGGUGUUGGCUAUAGUUCGCGCGUACACCGCGGCGCUAGGCGGGAAUGCUCUGACGUCACUAUACCUCGCACACCUGCUACUACAUCAUCACGCACACAAGAACCAGGCCAAGAUCGAAGUUGUCGAUGUGUUGGUCGACCAGUUGCUCGAUCAGUUGACCGACUCGUAG